GGGGCGGCCCGGCCGGAGCAGGAACGGAGCCGCAUACGGGCCUCGGCGAGCAGCUACCGCGGGGCGGCCACAGCCUGCUCCGCCCGCACGUCUCGGCCCUCGGCCCGGUCCCGGCCCGGCUCGGCUCGGCCCCGCUCGGCCAUCCCGGCCCCAGCGCGUCCGACUCGGCCACCAGCCCUUCGCAUCGAAGAUGGCGGGCGGCGUGGACGGCCCCAUAGGGAUCCCGUUCCCCGACCACAGCAGCGACAUCCUUAGCAGCCUGAACGAGCAGAGAAACAAUGGGCUGUUGUGUGACGUUGUCAUCUUGGUGGAAGGCCAGGAGUUCCCCACCCACCGCUCCGUCCUGGCGGCGUGCAGCCAGUACUUCAAGAAGCUCUUCACCUCAGGGUUAGUGGUGGACCAGCAAAACGUGUAUGAGAUAGACUUUGUGAGCGCGGAUGCCUUGUCGGCUCUGCUGGAGUUCGCCUACACCGCGACCCUUACCGUCAGCACUUCGAACGUCAACGACAUCCUCAACGCCGCCAAACUGCUGGAGAUCCCGGCGGUAAGGGAUGUUUGCACGGAUCUCCUGGACAGGAAGAUUCUGGCCAAAAAUGACCAGAUGGAUAUAGUAGAUCAAAUUGAUCAGAGGAACCAUCUCAGAGCAAAAGAGUACCUGGAGUUCUUCCAGAGCAACCCCGUCAACGGCCACCAAGGCAGCUUUCCGUGGACCAACUCAGAGUUGAGAGACCUUCAGAGACUGAACUUCCGAGGCCAAGAGGAAGAGGAGGAGCCGGACUGCAAUGGCAUGGACUUCUACUCGCAAGCCCCCCUAAACGAAAGACCAAAGGCGAAUGACUGUGAUCCCGACAGCAACCCAGCCAUGUGGCUGGACAGAGAAGAGGAGGAGGCGGCGGUGGCGGCCCCCGGCUCCUUGUAUUCACCUUCUCAGAACGGACAUUACAGCAGCCGUGGCCUGCCCACGCCGGGAGAAGAGGAGGUGACUUCGGGGGGCCCUCUGGACCAGCAGGAGGCUGGCGACUCCCCCAGCUUCGUGCCUACCGGAGCAGACACGGAGGAUGACGCGAGGGAGGUGGAUGGCUUGGCUGCCAGCGCCCUGCUGCAGCAAAUGAUCAAUUCCGUGGGGAGACAGCAGCUGGGGGAGGACGACCGAAAGGAUGACGAUGGGGUCAUGGAUUAUUACUUGAAAUACUUCAGCAGUUCGAACGAGGGCGACGUGUAUCCGUCCUGGUCCCAGAAGGUGGAGAAGAAGAUCAGGGCGAAAGCAUUCCAAAAGUGCCCCAUCUGUGAAAAGGUGAUCCAGGGGGCUGGCAAGCUGCCGCGCCACAUCCGCACCCACACCGGCGAGAAGCCCUACGAGUGCGACAUCUGCAAAGUCCGAUUCACCAGGCAGGACAAGCUGAAGGUUCACAUGAGGAAACACACAGGGGAGAAACCUUACUUGUGCCAGCAGUGCGGAGCCGCUUUUGCUCACAACUACGACUUGAAGAACCACAUGCGCGUGCACACUGGCCUCAGGCCCUAUCAGUGUGACAGCUGCUUCAAGACUUUCGUCCGCUCUGACCACUUGCACAGGCACCUUAAAAAAGAUGGGUGCAACGGCAUCCCGUCCCGGAGGGGCCGCAAGCCCCGGGUGAGAGAUGCCGGGGGGCUGCCCACCCCCACAGGGAACCCCGAAGACGGAAGCUUUCAAGCCGGGGGGGAGAGUCAAGAAUCAGAGGACACCAUGCAGAGGAACGGCCAAGAGCAGCACUUUGAAGAUAGUUCUAAUAAUGAAGCGCCAGGAUUGAAUGUAGCAGGAGGGUCGUCCGAGGGCAACACGCAAGGACUCUCCUAAACCAAAAAACGAAAGUGUCACAGAAUCUAGUUAGUACUUUUUCCUCCGAUUUUUCUCUUUAAAAGAUGUUUCUCUCCCUUUUUUUAAAAAAAAAAAGAAAUAUAUAUAUAUAUUAUGUUUCCAAUCUUCCCAUCGUAACCAGGGCUCCCCCGAGGAUCCCUCCGUAGCCAAGGACCUUUUCGUGGAAAGGCAGACGCUAGGAAGCGUGGGGCGGGGAUGGAAAGCGGCUCUGUUGCAUGGAAAGGAGCUUCCAUGUAAAUCCAAAGCUUUAUUUUGUGUCCAAACACACGUUAAAAAAAAUUAUUUCAGAGAGAUAUCUAUUUAAAAAAAAAAAAAAAGCAAAAAUAGAAAAAAAUGGUAAGAGUUGAAGGGCUCUUUCAGGGCGGGCGGUACACGCGGUGCCUCGGAGGGCCGGGGAGGAGCGGGCCCGGCCUUCUCGCCUCUGUUUUUGCAAAGCUAGAAGCUCUACGUGAGGUGCUCAGGUGCUGACGUCCUGGC